UGCCAACUGCCGUUAAACUCUAAAGAAGAAGAAGAAGAAACUGUGCUGUUGCCGCUUUCCUGAGAAGAGAAUCGUCGGGAACAUGUGUUUGGUGCUUGUUGCACCCGGACAAAAUAAAAUGACGUACCAUGGAUGCUAGUGUGAGAAACAACGUGAAAGCCGUCAGGAGGAGUAAGGAGGACAAGAAAGUUUUUCGUAAACAGUUAAAAGCCAGUCACACUUUGCUGAAACAUGAAGGCAUUAGUACAGCACUGCAGCCUACCAAGAGUUUGGUGGUGGCUAAUGGUGGCCUGGGGAACGGCGUUAGUCGAGAGGAGCUGUCUGCAGUGCUGAAUGAGAUGGGAGAGCUGGAGACACUAAUCAUGCAUCCUCACAAGCCCUAUGCUUUUGUCACAUACAGAUCUGAAGAGAGCGCUCGGAAAGCCCACAUCCACCUCAAUGGGAAAAAGCUUCAAUGUGGAGAGAACAGUGUAACACUCUACCUAAGUUAUGUUGACUCAGUAACCUGUGAAAAGGAGGGAUCUGUUCCUUUGCCAGAGGGAUUAGUCUUGGUGGAGAAUUUUGUGUCUCUGGAGGAGGAGGCUGUGCUGCUAGCUGCCAUUGACUGGUCGUCUACUAAUGAGGAUGUCACUGCUCAAAAAGCUCUGAAGCAUAGAAGAGUCAAACAUUAUGGCUUUGAAUUUCGCUACGACAACAACAAUGUGGAUAAGGACAAGCCAUUAGCUGCAGGUAUUCCUCAGGAGUGUCUACCAGUUCUGGAGCAGUGUGUAAAGAACAAACACAUUGACAUCAUGCCAGACCAGCUGACUGUCAACCAGUAUGAGUCUGGACAGGGCAUUCCUCCUCACGUGGACACUCACUCUGCCUUUGAGGACACCAUUCUGUCACUAAGCCUGGGGGCAAAGACGGUGAUGGAGUUCCGUCAUCCCGAUGGUCGUAUAGUUGCUGUGGUGUUGCCAGGACGGAGCCUCCUGGUGAUGAAGGGAGAGAGCAGAUACCUCUGGACACAUGGGAUAACUCCUCGAAAGUUUGACAUGGUGCCAGUCUGCGACCCACAAUCCCCUGCUCAUAAGCCUGACCUCGGGACUCGCAGCAAUCUCACUUUGAACAAGAGGGGCACCCGCACUUCAUUCACUUUCCGCAAGAUUAGACAUGAACCCUGCCGAUGUGCCUUCCACUCUGCCUGUGACAGUCAGGUAGCACCCUCUCCGCCGUCUCCUCCCUCACUACCCUGUUGCCAUGCCGACGCAGCCCUUCUGGAGGAGGAGUAUGUGCACCGGGUGUACGACGCCAUCGCCUCCCACUUCAGCGGCACUCGCCACUCCCCCUGGCCUCGUGUUUGCCACUUCCUGUCAUCGCUCCCACCUGGCAGCGUGCUGGCCGAUGUGGGCUGUGGAAAUGGCAAAUACCUGGGUGUCAACCCAGACGUGAUUGCAGUUGGUUGUGACCGUAGCGUUGCUCUUGUCCAAAUUUGUGCAGAGAGGGGUUUCCAGGCGUUUGUAUCCGAUGCUCUCAGUGUCCCUCUGCGAACAUCCUCCUGUGAUGCCUGCAUCUCUAUAGCUGUCAUACACCACUUCUCCACACAGGAGCGUCGGCUGGCAGCAGUGAAGGAGCUAGUGAGACUUCUGAAGCCCGGAGGUCGAGUGCUCAUCUACGUUUGGGCUUUUGAACAAGAGUACAACCAGCAGAGGUCCAAGUACCUCAAAGACCAGAACAAAGAGCAUCCUGAGGACCCCAGCGCCACUGAAAACACACCAGAAGAAAGCCAGGAACCUCACGAGAAAUUGAGUAUCCAUAGCAGCAGACGUUCAGAAGACAUCUACAGGCCUGUAGAAAACAUGCAAGAUGUGUCUGAUGGCAAACUUAGUGUGCACACCAACCGCACAGCAUUUAACACGCAGGACCUUUUGGUUCCCUGGCAUCUGAAAGAGGGGAAAAAACGAGUGGAGGAAAAAUCAGGAGAAGGUGGGAAGAAGGAUAGAAGGAAAGAGAUGUCUAAAAAGACUUCAGGUAACACUUGCUCAGCCUAUAGUUUGAGUUCCAUAGCCAAAUUAGACGGUAACCCUGAUCCCAGUCCAGGCUUUGACUCCAACAUGUCUUCUGGAUCACAUCUUGACACCAGUGAUGUCUCUAAACCCAGUCCAAGUUGCGACACCAGUCAGACCUCCAGUUCUACUCUAAAGUUGGAGUCGGAGAGCAGCCCGGCGCCCGUUUAUCACCGCUAUUACCACGUGUUCCAGCAGGGGGAGCUGGAGCAGCUGUGUGGUCAGGAGGCUGGAGUCCAUGUGCAGAGCAGCUACCAUGACCAGGGAAACUGGUGUGUUAUAUUAGAGAAGGACUUGGGGAGAUGAACUGACACAUUCACAAUUUAUAAUAAUUUAGCUACAAAUACACAUUUGAACAAGAGAGUUAAUGCAAUCUAACCAAAGAUUCAGUUAAAGGGUCCUUUAUUUGUUUAAAUGCAGAAAAGUGAACAGACAAGUGUCAUGAAAUAAAUGUAAUAACUUCACAAAA